AUGUCUUAAAAUAAAAUUAUCAUGUUGGGAGAUUGCGGAGUGGGGAAAACAACAAUCUUAAACAAGUAAGGAAAUCCAUUUAUAAAAAGUUUCUUGGAUAUUAUAGCUAAUACUGAAACAACAAUUGGAGUAUAGCAUCAUUCAUUUACAAGAAACAAUAUCAAAUUUUCAAUAUGGGAUACUGCAGGAUAGGAAAAAUAUAGAUCUAUAGUAUCAAGCCAUUAUAAAAGAGCAAAGGCAGCGAUUUUGGUUUAUGAUUGUUCAAAUGAAUCAUCCUUGUUGCACAUUGAUAAAUGGAUAGAAGAGCUUGUUUUCUAGGCUGGUGCUAAUGUAAAAAUUGCAUUAAUAGGGGUAAAGAAUCUUAAAUGA